AUGUGGCUCAUUGACACUAACACCCUCCGUCUCGUUGGGGUCCAAGGGGAUCCACAGGAGGACUACGCGAUUCUUUCUCACACCUGGGGCGCGGACGAAGUCACCUUCUCCGCCUAUCAAGCCUUGAACGCGGCGACUCAGAAUGGAUCAUUUCCUGCGCUCGAAGACAUCGGUGGCCAAAUCGGCGUCACAAUCACAGCCGGCUACCGCAAGAUCAAAAAUUCGGCAGACUUGGCCAGGAAGCAGAAACUGAAGUACAUAUGGGUCGACACCUGCUGCAUCGACAAAACAAGCAGCGCUGAGCUCUCGGAGUCCAUCAACUCCAUGUACCGAUGGUACCAGAAGGCCAAAGUCUGCUACGCCUUUCUCGAAGACGUUAAACCAGUGAGCCUGGGCGAUCCUUUCGGCAAGAACUCGAGCUUCAGAAAGAGCCGCUGGUUUACCCGUGGUUGGACCCUACAAGAGCUGAUAGCUCCUGCGACCGUCCAAUUUUACGCCCAGGACUGGUCCUUCAUCAACGCGAAGCAAGCCGGAGACGAUGCUUUUCGUGGGCUCUUGACCCAAAUCACGGGCAUCAACGAGUCGCUGCUUGCCGGGAAGACAUUGCUCUCGGAUGUGAGUGUGGCGAACAGGAUGCAAUGGGCGGCUCUCAGACAAACAACAAGAAUCGAGGACAUGGCGUAUUGCCUUCUUGGUCUGUUCAACGUCAAUAUGCCGCUGCUCUACGGCGAGGGCAUGCGGGCCUUCACCCGCCUCCAAGAAGAGAUUCUGAAAGAAACAGACGACCAGUCAGUCUUCCUUUGGGGCAUUCCACCGGACGAGACGUUAGAGGGCGAUGCGCUCUACGGACUGCUGGCACCGUCACCUCAUGCGUUCUGUCAGCUGGACCUCGAUCGGGUCCGCCCUCUCCCGCCAUCUGAGGUACAAGAGAGCACGCCCGCGACCGUUACCAGCCAAGGACUUCGAACAAGUCUGCUCCUCUUUCCUGUUGAACCCGAGUCGGACGACUACUACGCGAUGCUUGAUUGUGUCGCCUCGAAGGCUGAUGGGGUGGCUGUUGACUGGAAUCCAGGGAUUAUGGUCAGGAGAUUAUGGGGCGAUCAAUUUGCUCGAAUCACAUCUCUCAAAGGCUCCGUCGUAUUGUUUCCCGAGGACAGCUUCGACGAAAAGAAGGGGAAAUUCGAAAACGUCUACGUCAGACAGAAUCCUUUUUACGCCCUGCCUGAGGUGACGAUCAAGUCACGAAGCCGGCGCGGCGUCAAUCUGACGCCAGGAUAUCUAGGUUUCAAGGUGUCCGAGGCAUAUCCGCCAGAUCGAUGGGACUCAAGCCUGUCAGUCAUCAGACCCAAGGAACCACAAUCAGGACGCCCAUUCGUUGUACUCCGAUUCGCUGCAGAUGACCGGAGUCCAAUUCCCACGGUUGACGUUGCCAUUGGACUCCGUCGCAUCCAAAAAAGAUGGGAACUUUGCUACGAGAAGCAUCCAUCUGGCGGCGAUCAACUCCAACGGGUAUACCAGAAACUUGUCGGAAAGGAAAUCGCCACAGACUCGUCAGCAUCGAGCUCUCGCGGACUCGGAUUUGUCAACAUCGCCGUCAAAGCGACGCAACGCAGAGGUCGGCGCUUCAUCCAGCUAGAGCUCUGCGGCGCGGUACAACUCGACUCCAAAUCCAUCCAAAACGCCACCGUCUCAAGAGAGAUAAGACGCACCCUCUCGGAUGAGAUGUCGGAAAUCACACGAACAUGCUGCGUCCCCCAGAAGGUCGCAUACAUCCUGCCAAAAGAGACCCGGAUGAUUGAGGCCGUCAGGACCAAGUCGCCGGACAUGAAGCCCUCGCCGGGGUACUACGGUUUGGGCAACAUGAUCAACGACGUCGAGGUCGACGAGAACAAGCCGUACGCCAACAUGAUCCGCGCCGUGCGUGCCAAGCGAGAGAUGAAGAUCAAGUCCCUGGUUUCCAAAGACCGCAGUCUCCUCGAGUGCGAAACGGAGGAGUUUGACCGCUUCAGACCGAUACACUGGGCAGCGGGCAUUGGCUCGCAAUCUGUGAUGAAGACGCUGAUCAAGCUUGGCGUCGACCAGACCAGUCUGACUGGAAGCGGGCUGAUGGCGAUUCACGUGGCUGUUUUGAAUGGCCAUUUCAAUCUGGUGGCCUAUCUGUUGGAAGAAGAAGCAUGCCUCCAGCCGCGAACGACGCCGGAUUGUCUGCACAGAUUUUUGACCGACAGGCAAGAAUCUGUGAUGCAUGUUCUCGUUUCGCCCGUGUCCCUCGGACUUCACAUGCAGCGGAUACAGAAGAUCAUCGAAAACAUAAAGGAGGAGAUGGGAGGAACACAUGCUUUCGCCCAUAGAAAUUGGCUGGGUGAAACUCCCCUCCAUCUGGCUGCCGCAACAGGGGAAGAGUUCCCUCUCAAGCACUUGAUGGACAUUGCAGGACACCCUGACGCCCACCAAAGAGUAGACAGAUUCGGGCGCUCAGUCCUGUUCCACGCAGCAUGCGGCGGCAACCGGAAUGUGAUCAAGUACCUCGCAGAACGUGGAGCGUCCGUCAACCUCAGCGACGAUCUCGGCCGAAGCCCCCUCCACGCCGCUGUCACGGUCAAUAACCACGACUCCGUCAGUGCUCUCCUAAACUUUCACGCAAACCCAACAAGCAUAACCCACAAGUUUGGACUCACGCCGCUGCACUUCGCCUGCCUGUAUGGACAUUCCGGGGUGAUUCGCCGGCUAUCGGGCUCAACCAUGGACCGCUGGUCAGCCGGCGGUCUGGCCUUCCAGCCUCUCCACCUGGCUGUCGCUAACGGGCACGAGAGCUGCGUCAGUCAUCUGCUCGAUGCCGGGUGCCAGACUGAUAGCUAUUGCAACAGCUAUCUGAAGCUCGUGCGGUCGAAGAAUGGCGUUCAAUGGGAAGGGAAGCUAGUCAUGUUGGAGACUCCGCUGAAACCGGCCGAUCUCGCAUUCAACCUCGGCUUCAAAAAUCUUGUUUCUAUGCUGAAGGGCAAAGAGGUCAAAACCAACGGGGUGAACGGAGAUGGGACAAGGCAUACAACUUCAUCGGUCGAAGUCAACGGAACAGGAAAGUCGAACGUGACUACGGGCCCGCUGUGGGGUCUGCUUGGCCUGGAAAUGCUCGACGAUUAG